AUGACCAGGACCGCGGAGCUAGGUGUGAUCGCCUGGACCACCUAUCUCGUAAGCCUAUAUGGGAAUGAGCUCGCCCAUCUACUGUUCAUGGUCCUGAUGAAGCUUUCAGCCGCCAUCGAUAUAUUAUAUUCAGGUUUGCGCAUGAUGCACGCAGUCCAAUAUGAUACUGAUUCUGCUAUUCUCUCCUCCCACUUGCCACGUAUCCACCACACCAUGACAAAUCGACAUCAACCCCGAUCCAAUGACCCAUCCCCACGACCCUCCUUCAGUCGGACAUUCCCUUCCGAUAUUGCGUCAUCCCCUACCACUCAACGACGUCUACCUGUUCCCGCUGCGCUGGUCUUUCAAUGGCUAGUAACGUGUCCGAGUUUUGGCUGGAGACAAUGGAUCGUCUUCCGGCAAGCAAGACGUCUGCGCCUAGACGAUGUAUUCAAAACCGGUGAACACACCCACGGCGAAACUUCGCAUAGGGUAGGGACGGCAGGUAGUCUUAGGAGGGACUGGUUUUACCUCGACGCCAUGUAUCGACGUCCGGCAAGCGAGAGCAUGGCGUCGGGGUAUUGCUGGGGAUACAAGGAGUAUAGGGCUAGGGUAAACUGGACAUACAUUGCCAAUGAAAAGGUCGACUCGAAAGAGACAGCAAUAGGGUUCAAGGACAAGAUUCAGCAAGGUCGUACUCGCCUCGGCACGCGGCAGGCACUUGUAAAAGAAGGUAGUCCGACGGAUGCUUUAUGGACCAUGGCUAAAUUCCCUUGCAUAUCUGAUCUCGACCUCGAAAUCGAAGAUGGGCACUGCAGCUUGCUAAGGACAACACUUUUGACCAGGGCGGCAGAGCUUGUGCUGCCAGAGCUCAGCUCCCUCUAUAUUACCCGUCAUCCCAUCGACACGUAUGGUUGCAGCGUCAAAGAUCCUAUCACACAGUUCCUACACAAGAUCACUGCUCCCUGCCCAACUUCCCUCGGCUUCUUUUGUAACGACAAUACAUGGUCGCACACCGGAUUUGUUGGUUUCAUUACACGAUCUAGACUCCAGGCCCGACUCUUACAGCUCCAACUUUGUGGGCCGGCAUUCGAGGAGCACGAACUGAUGGAUACCCUCACCACGUUGAUCCGGUUAAUAACGCUCGAGAUUUGGCUGUAUUCGUCUACCUGACAGAAAAUCUUCUAUCUCGUCUUAUUUUUUGUCCAUAUGAGACGGCUUUAUUGCCUUCACUCAAAGGACUCUCGCUUUCGAUAGAUCAUGUCCUGAGUCGCCCAGAGUUGCUUGUGAAAACCAUUGCCUCACGUGCACAUCCCCAGCAAGAGUUCCAUCAAACGCCCGCAGAUAUUUGACUUGGAAUGUCAUAAUUGUAC